GGCGAUGAAUCAAACGUUCAAACUGGUUUUUCACAUAAAAUACACCUCGAAACAUAGACAUGACCGUCUCAGUUGGUUGCGUGGUGCUACACGACAAACAGUGAUUGAGUUGUGCAAUUAACCUUUAUUUCCUUUAAAUUCAGUGAGUUUAACGAAAAAAUGAUGUACAAAGUCAGUUUUUUAGUUUUAUUAGCGACAGUGCUACAAUGUGAGUGUGGUUUAUCUCUACUCGGUGGUAUUUUGUCAACUGCACACGAACAAGUUCACGAGGUCGCCGGAGCGGUAUUAGGCACUUUUAACAAAGGUAUAAACUUAAAUUUCGAAAGUCAUUUAGGUUUUAAUCAAAGGCCUGGCUAUGGACACGGACCACCCCAAAGACCACCUAACGAAUUCGGUCCCCCCCAUAACAAUAAUUAUGGACCACCAAACGAAUACCGUCGACCUCCAAAUAACAACUACGGACCACCAAACGAAUUCGGUCCACCACAAAAUAACAACUACGGACCACCAAAUGAAUUCGGGCCACCCCAAAAUAACAACUACGGACCACCAAACGAAUUUCGUCCACCCCAUUAUGACAACACUAGACCACCAAAUGAAUUUGGUCCCCCCAAUAAUAACAAUGGACAAAGACCGCAUGGACAAAGACCCCAUCAACACGGAAACCAGCAACCUAAUUUCAAUAAAAGGCCCUACGGUCACAAUCAAAAUGGAUAUAAUCCAGGAUACAAUAAUCCAAAUCAGAAUGAAAUUAACGUAAAUAAUCAAUACAACAACGAAAAUCAGAGAUAUCCUGACAACCAGAAUAAUAAUUACCAAGGAUAUAAUAAUAACAAUAAUGGUUACAACCAAAGGUAUCCAAAUCAACAAAAUCAAGGUUACGAUAACAAUCAAAAUUACCCCAACAAUAAUGGAUACAAUAAUAAUCAAAAUCAACCAAACUACGGUAAUAAACCUGCUUACGUCAACCCAAAUAAUGAAUUCAAAGAACCCAACGGUAACAACAACGAAAAUUUUAUAAAUGGAAAUAAGCCAGUUAACGGAAAUCCUAACAAUGAAUUCGGUACGAUAUAUGGUGACAACCAAGAUCUAUCACCAUCAACACCGCAACCGGAAUUUUCAACAUCUACAAUAUCGGUGACAGAAACUGAUAAACAGUUAGAGAAUGAGAAAACUACGGAGAAAACAAAAGAUGACGCUCCAAUAUUCAUUCCCCUGGGUGAUUACAUAUACACAGGGGAAGCAGCCUCUAACAUCACAGCACCGAAAAGAGAAACAGAUAAGAAACCUCAAGAAGCAGAAGAGGACUUUGCUAUCGAUAUUAGAUUUAAAGAUUAAUAAAUAUAUUAAUUAACUUA